AUGACGGCGGUGCCUACAGCGCUAUGGUUCGCGGGCCUUUACGAGUGGUCUGCCGUGCCGAAAUUCCUAAAGUCUAAGAUGCUACAGGAAGCCGAGCAGCUGACUCUUUACAUGCACGAGAGAAGCGCUUACCGCCUUGCGAAGGCCGCUGCAGACACAGCAAGCAUCAGCGAGCUGAACCGACUACGUUAUGACAGCUCCGACAGCAAGGGCAUGAGGGGGACUGCGAUACGAGUAGCUCCAUUGGUUGAGAGCGAGAGAUGCACUCAUGAGGAGGAAGUUCUGAUGACAGCUUCGCCCCACUGCAGUGAAUUCGGCUACAGUUCGAGUGCCGCAUCGGAGGAGCGCGAAAUGGACGCGGCGAAGCCGACGACGAGAUCUCAGCAACAACAACCGCAGCAGCAGCAGCUCACUCUGUGGACGGCAAGCCCGCCCUCGAGCAUACCUGCGGAGUGGGGGCAAACACGGAACGCACCUGUUCAAACCGCCAGUGCGCCGUCGCUGUCUGCCGCGCGGGAGGGCGGCAGCGUUGUCGCGGCUGUCUCCCUUGCCCGGUUUCCCUCACAACCGCAGCAAAAGGACAGUUACGGCUCUGAGGCAGCGCCACGGCCGACGGCGCCACCACCGUUGCGUGCAUCUCCUCUGCACCGCCGGAACUGCGGUUCUACGGUGUAUAGUCUUACCACCUUAUCGGAAACGAUGGAUGACAAGUUGAACGAGGCUUUGCUAUACUUGGAGGACGGCGGCAACGAAGUGGGUGAGGCCCUGGUGGAGCGGCGCGAGAAGGAGGCUCUUCUUCUUAUUGUCACGGAGGAUGACUUGAGCGGCACCCGCAUAUCUUCUGCAGAGGAGCCGAUGGCCAGCGCAAGUCAGCGAGCUGGGCUGGAUGACGGUGCAGAGGAUCGCGACGAUGUCCUAGGCAACACCCCGGCGUCUAAACGGUGGUCUUUGAAGCGAGGACGAGAAGAGGCAACCCGUGGCGGCCGGACAUCGCGCUCCGGCAACCGCCGGGUAUUCCGUGAAGGUGGCGAUGGCCGCCGCUUGUCGCGCGGCGGUUGCCCUAAGUCGACCUGCGCCGCUGAGCUCUUGCAAUCCUUGCGCGACGACGCCGAAAAUGCUCCUCCUCCGCAGCACCUGACGCGCGCGGAUAUUCGACGAGCGCACUCUAAUCAGCCCCCACAGGAAGAUUCGCAGGUUGUGUUUUUUGAUCAUUAG